CUUCAGCGUCCCAACUCUAGCAUCACAAUACAAGAUGGCUUCAGAUCACUCCUCGCCCUAUGACACCUUCAGACAUCCUCUGGAGCUGCGCUAUGCAAGCAAGGAGAUGAAGCACCUCUUCUCUCCCCGCAUGCGCGUCAGCACCUGGAGACAGCUAUGGAUCUGGCUGGCCGAGUCACAGAAGGAGCUUGGUCUUUCCAUUUCCGAUGAGGCCAUCAACCAGAUGAAGGUCAAUCAGAUUGUCCAGGAUGAUGAGUUCAAGAUUGCNCGCAAAGGAGGAAGAGAGAAGAAGGUCAGUACUUUUACUUUUCGUGACUUCAAAUCUGGUGUUUUCGUGACGUAUUUUGUGCUGCAUGCGUGUGAUCCACGUUUUCUGGGCUUUCAGCACGAGUCGCCUCGUCACAGGCAAUCUUGCGAUAUAUGCUCUAUCGUGGAAAUCAUAGUCCUGACUUUAUCUUCUAGACACGAUGUCAUGGCAUGGGUCCACACAUACGGUCUUUGCGCUCCUGCCGCUGCUGGCAUCAUCCACUGGGGUGCCACUUCAUGCUACGUUACAGACAACGCCGACCUCGUCCUGAUGCGUGACGGGCUUGACCUACUUCUCAAGAAGAUGGCCACUGCUAUUGACAAGCUCUCCGCUUUCGCCAUGCAAUGGAAGGACCAACCCUGCCUUGGCUACACUCACCUUCAGCCCGCUCAAUUGACCACCGUCGGAAAGAGAGCAUGUGUCUGGAUCCAGGACUUGUUGAUGGACCUCCGGGCUAUCCAGAGAGUUCGUGAUGAGCUCUGCUUCCGCGGUGUCAAGGGUACCACCGGUACUCAGGCAUCUUUCCUCCAGAUCUUCGACGGUGACCACGCCAAGGUCGAGAAGCUUGACGAGCUCGUUACCGAGAAGGCUGGUUUCGCCGGCUGCUACCCCAUUGCCACUCAAACCUACUCCCGUAAGGUUGACCUCGAAGUUGGCAGCGCCGUCUGCAACUUCGGUGCCACNUGCCAACGUAUCUCAACCGAUAUCAGACAUCUUGCUUCCUGGAAGGAGAUUGAGGAGCCCUUCGAGAAGGACCAGAUCGGUUCUUCCGCCAUGGCUUACAAGCGUAACCCCAUGAGAUCCGAGCGUUUGACCUCUCUUGGUCGUCGUCUUGCGAACCUCCACGCUGACUUCAUUUCCACUUACGCCUCGCAAUGGAUGGAGCGCACUCUCGACGAUUCUGCCAUUCGUCGUAUUGACAUUCCCGAGAUGUACCUGUGCGCUGAUGCCCUGCUCAUUCUCAUGAACAACAUCUUCAGCGGUCUCGUUGUCUACCCCAAGCGCAUCGAGAACCGUAUCCUUGAGGAGCUUCCCUUCAUGGCUACG